AUGUCGCCCUCGGCAAAAGUUGCCGAAGAAGCAUGGAUGACUGUCCUGUCUUCUUGGUCCACUGAAAAAGAUUUGCUGGUGCCCAUCUCCAAGAAUCCCCCCUUCGUCACUGGCAUCUUCCGCCCGGAACUCAUCAUCAUUGACGAGGCGGCGCGUGCAUCCAAGGCGGACCUGUGGCCGGUCUUCGCCAAUUAUGAACCUCGUGGGUACCUGAUGAUCGGGGAUCCGUUCCAGUUGCAUCCGGUGGUUGAGUCGACGCCCCAGAAUAACCCACUCCACGCCGUGUCGGCCACCUCCCUCUUCAGGCGUCUGCACAUGAACGGGAUGCUGCUCUGCAUGCUGGACGUGCAGUAUCGCAUGGCCAGCAUACUGGGUGAUCUGGUGAGCCAGCUGUUCUAUCAGGGACGGCUGCAGUCACUCCCACCCCAUCCCGUCCGCCCUGCAGACCAUGUCCGGACGGAUCGCGGACCUGAACCAUGCGUUGUUCGGCGUCCGGGAGCCCUUCCUCUGCGUUCUACGAAUUCUAUAUCCUCUAUUUACACCCUCUAUCGAACCAUCGCCACUUAUCUCUAUCAGCUUCAUCCUUGA